AUGGACAGCAGUUUUCUCAAGCUGGAUGCUGCGGAGUUCUUGGAGAUUUGGCAGCGUUUUGACUCUGAUGACAACGGUUACAUUGAAGGUAAAGAGCUUGAUGAUUUCUUUUGUCACCUUCUUAAGAAGCUAGGCACAAAUGCAAUUACUGCAGAGAAAGUCCAAAGAGUGAAGGAUCGGUUCAUGUCUGCUUAUGAUGUCACUUCAGAUGGCCGCCUACAAAUACGAGAGCUUGCAAAUAUGAUUUUGCCAGAGGAUGAAAACUUUCUGUUACUUUUUCGCAGAGAAACUCCUUUGGAUAACAGCGUGGAAUUCAUGCGAAUUUGGCGGAAAUAUGAUGAGGACAGCAGUGGAUUUAUCUCUGCAGUGGAACUUAGGAAUUUUCUACAGGAUCUUUUUUCACAACACAAAAAAUGUAUAACUCCUGAUAAACUGGAUGAGUACACUGAUACUAUGAUGAACCUGUUUGAUAAGAAUAAAGAUGGUCGUUUGGAUCUAAAUGACUUAGCAAAGAUUUUAGCACUUCAAGAAAAUUUUCUGCUCCAGUUUAAAAUGGAUAGUAAAACAGGAGCCCUUGAAGGGCCUGAAGUUGAUGGAUUUGUCAAAGAUAUGAUGGAACUAGUGAAGCCAAGUAUCAGUGGUGUGGACCUGGACAAAUUCCGUAAGAUUCUACUAAACCAUUGUGAUGUGAACAGAGAUGGUAAAAUCCAGAAGUCUGAACUGGCUUUAUGCCUCGGUCUGAAAAUAAGUCCAUGA